GCAUCGGGUGACUGUUUGGUCAAGAGCUUCCUCCCUCUUUGCGUGCCCGCUGGACAGUCCUAACAUCCUCCAGCUGCCGCGGGCCGGCUCAGGAGGCUGAUCACAAGUUCAGCUCCGAGCAGGCUCCUCCUCACCCCCAGGGAAAGCAUCGAAGGCUCCAAAGAGGCCAGCGAGAUCUGCCAGUUGGGGCUCCCGUAGCUAGCUGCCCUCUGCAAGCUCAAAGUCACCUUUGCUCCAACUCCUCAGCGGGCCGGCCAGAGCCAGCCCGGAACCCUCUCUGGCUCAGCUCAGCAGGAACCAGGAACGGGCCCCUGUUAAGUAAUCAUUAAUCGGAUUUUUUACAUUCUUGAGCCCCAGGUCGGCUUGGGAAACAUGCUUCCCAGAGGAGGAGGAGCCGAAGCCCAAGACUGGCAUUUGGACAUGCAGCUGACGGGCAAGGUAGUGCUGUCCGCAGCCACCCUGCUCCUGGUGACCGCAGCCUACAGGCUGUACAAGUCAAGGCCUGCCCAGGCCCCACUGUGGGGCAGGUACACCAAGGCCAAGGCCGAGGAGGAGGCAGAAGGCUCCGGGCAGCCUGACGUCCAGGGGGCUGCUCCUGGGGCACCACAGCGCGAGCUGAGACGACGGAAAGGAAGCCACGGGGCCGGAGCACUGCCGGGCUGCAGCUGGGAGAAUCCAGGGGGCUCCGGAGUCCUGGCAACGGGGGCCUCUUCCAGCGACUUGGAAGCUAGAGAGACUCAGAAGCCCAAGAGGGAAGGAGCUGGUGAGCAGCGGGGUGGGCAGUGCCCGGACUCUGGCCUGGCGCCUCCUUACUGCAGUGGCCAGGCAGCCAGAACAACUGUUGGCGGUAAGCCGGAGCUGCCCCGCCGCCCCCCUCUGGGCGGUGAACCCAAAAGUUCCCCAACUGGCCUCGCUGCGGUAGACGGCAGCGGCGUGGGUAGGGAGCCGGCUCCAUGGCAGGAGGGCAGACUCUCCGAGCAGCCAGGAGCCGGAGCGGAGGAGUCACCCCACCAGCUCUGGAUGGCUCGCACAGAAAGCAAAAAUGACAUGAGCAACAGCUGGGUCUUCACCCGCUUGACGGGGUUCCACAGGGAAGAGGUUGGGGCCCUCCGGGCUGCCUCAGACAUGGGCCUGGCCCUGUAUCAGCAAGGGGGGGCCACUAACGCCUCCUACACCUUCUCGUCAGUGGCCCGGGUGCGAGUGGAGGAGAAUUUCAUACAGAAGGUGGAGGGAAUCAGGCCCAGGCUGCAGGGCAAGUUGUAUGAGUACUAUGUCGAAUCCACCUCUCAGGCCACCUCUAGGGGCAGGCCGGCCCCCAGGACAGCAGCCCUGGCUGAGGCGCCGCCUCCUGUGCCAGCCCCCCUGGGAACAGGGGUAGCCUCUGGAAGCCAUGCCGAUGACGGAGCAGGUGAAGGCGACACAACUGCCUCCCCCCAGCCUGUGCUGUCGCCCCCCACACGUGGCUUCAGCAGGAAGGAGAGCCUCCUUCAGAUCGUGGAGAACCCAGAGCUUCAGCUGCAGCUCCAUGGCUUUGGGGGCCCUGCUCCAUCCUGCCUGGACCAGGGCGCCCCACCUGGCUGCCCCACAUCCGAGGAUUCUCUAGAGUCCAGCUCAGCCGGAAGUAGUGGGGAGCCUAACCUGCAGCUUGUGGCCGGGACCAAUUUCUUCCACCUCCCUCUCACCCCAGGUUCAGUCCCAGAUGUCCACCUGGAUCUGGGCAAUUGCUACGAGGUGUUGACCUUGGCCAAGAGACAGAACCUGGAAGCCCUGAAGGAGGCCGCCUACAAGGUGAUGAGUGACAACUACCUCCAGGUCCUGCGCAGCCCAGACAUCUACGGGUGUCUGAGCGGAGCCGAGCGGGAGCUCGUCCUCCAGCGACGGCUCCGGGGCCAGAAGCGCCUGGUGGUGGCCGACAUGUGCCCUCAGGAGGACUCUGGCCGCCUUUGUUGCUAUGACAAUGAGCGGGACGCCUGGCACCUGCUGGCCCCUCUGCCCCCCGAGGCUGUGUCCCGGGGCUGUGCCAUCUGCAGUCUCUUCAAUUAUCUCUUUGUGGUGUCCGGUUGCCAGGGGUCUGGCGGCCGGCCCUCCAACCGAGUUUUCUGCUACAAUCCACUGACGGGGAUCUGGAGCGAGGUGUGCCCACUGAACCAAGCCCGGCCGCAGUGCCGGCUGGUGGCCCUGGACGGGUACCUGUACGCCAUUGGGGGCGAGUGUCUGAACACGGUCGAGCGCUAUGACCCUCGCCUGGACCGCUGGACCUUUGCCCCGCCACUCCCCAAUGAUACCUUCGCCCUGGCACACACGGCCACAGCAUGUGCCGGUGAUAUCUUUGUCACGGGAGGCACGCUGCGCUACCUGCUGCUCCGCUUCUCGGCCCAGGAGCAGCGCUGGCAGGUGGGCCCCACGGCGGGGGGCAAGGACCGCACGGCCGAGAUGGUGGCGGUCGGUGGCUUUCUCUACCGCUUUGACCUCAACCGCAGCCUGGGCAUGGACGUGCACCGCUGCAGUGCCAGCGCCCGCCUCUGGUACCAGUGUGCCACGUACCGGACGCCCUACCCAGACACCUUCCAGUGCGCUGUGGUGGACAGCCUCAUCUACUGUGUGGGGCGCCGGCGCAUGCUCAGCUUCCUGGCCGACCACCUCUCACCCAGGUUUGUGCCCAAGGAGCUGCAGAGCUUCCCCUCCCCGCAGGGCACCCUCCUGCCCACCGUCCUGACGCUGCCGGGCCCCGAUGUGCCUCAGACCAGUGUAUAGCCGCCCCUCUGCUGGGCUCCUUCUGCAAAACUUGAGACAAAGUGCAAGACAUUUGUUGUGUGGUCCAACUGUUCCAGGGGCCACUUCUGGGAGGUCCGGUGGCCAGGACUUUGGCCAGGAGGAGGCUAAUGCUAGUCCUACCUCCUCCUCUGGCUGGAGCUCUGAGAUGUGUCUUUGCUGUCAGUGGGCUGCAGAAGCCAGUGUGAAUACAGAACUUGGGACUGGUGUCGGUAGGCUGCUCUUAGCCACGUCUGCGGGGAUGGCCACCAGCUUGCUUCAGAUCUGAAUUGGGGGGUGGUGCCAGGACCCCAGCAAAGUUCAGGGGUACAACCUCAUCACAACUGUGAUUCAUGUGCCAGUUGACCCCAGCGACCCCUCAAGCUGACCCCACUAGAGAUGGGCGAGCUCUCUAUAAGCCACCAAGGCCCCUUCCUAAACAUUGCCCCUUGGGCCCCAGCCACCAAUGUUCCCAGAAGCACCUGGAGCACACAGGUGGGAAAAAUAAAGGGAGUGGCUCUGGCAGGACCGGAAGGAGCCCAGGGGAGCUCCAGGGGGCCCAGCCAGAGGGAGAGAUGGUUAGAGAAGUAGAGCAGCUAAAAGCUGGAGGACUUUUUUCCCUGUGGAGUAAAUUAACCAAAGCCCACUUCACUUUUUCUCAUUACCUGGGAUUCUAGUAUGAGAAACCUCCACUUUUAGCAGCCAUUGGACAAGGUAUGUCUUCUUGUAGAGGUCUACUAAGAACGCAAUUGAUUCCAUAUAUGAGGUCUCGGGAGAGGCAGGAGAAGAUGCAAUCCAGAGGCCACCCUCCUCCUGGGCCCCUGCUUGGGCUCACUGUUAGUUCACCACUGACUCCCUCCCCAGAUCCAAGAACCCUUCACAGUGCAGCUGUCCAAGCCACCCAGCCUCACAUCUGGGAGCUAGGGGCAGCCACUGCCAGUCAGUCCUUCUGGGCCGAUGAGAGGUGAUGGCAUGAUUUGUCCACCCUGCUCCAUGUUGUCACCUGGUUGGCCUCGUCAGACAGGAGAGGACCAGGGAGGGGUGGGCCCAUGAUGGCGCUAAGGAGCUAGAAGGUUCUAGGGGCACAUCAGGAGACUGGGGUCUUCUUUCACAUCAGAUCUCAAAGGCAGGAGACCCUCCAACUUCAAGAAGUUACUCAUUCUUCUGGAGAGAACGGGGAGAGACUGGUCCAAUCUAUAGCCACAGCCCUGCUCCAUCUCUGAAGGGAGACGUACAUACAGAUAGGAGAACAGCCAUGCUCUUGGUCCCAGCCAGAAGCUGGGACUCCAUCUAUGUGACAAACACAUGGAGGAAAGAAGUAGAGAUGGCGGGGUUGCACACCAGAGCAGGGCCUGACAGGUGAGCGAGAUAAGGAUGCUUUACUUCAGCGUCCCUGUCUUGAAAAUGGGGUGGAGCAUGUACUUCUCUGCCUGGGGGAUAAAUGAGAGUAUCUGGGGAACGUUCUACCCACGAUACCUGCUGGGGCUGAGCCCAGGGCCAUUUAGGAAGGUCAGGAUUGGAACGAAGAAUGAGAAGGAGGUUGGCACAAAGACGAGGAGACUUGUUGGACCACACAAGGCCUAGGGCCUGAGGCUGCUUCGUUUAUUCCUAAAUUGGAGGCUGGGAGAGAAAAGUCAGCUGGGACUAUGGAGAGUGACCCCAAUCCCUUGCCAAGGUCGUGCUCAAGGUCAGAGUCAACACUCAGGCGUGAAGCGACCCAAAAGGUGGGGCUCAGUAGCAUGACUAGGAGGUGGCAUUGUCAUUGUGGUGCCAGCCUGGGGUAUGUUGGGGAGGAAAGCCCCAUGCGGAAGCUGUGGCAGGUGAAGCCAGAGCCAGCCCCAGGGACGGGACUCCAGUGAGGAGACAGGCAGAGGAAAAGACCACAGCCAAGCUGGGGAGCAUUGGGAGGGCUCCAAGCCAAGCGUGAACUAGGGAUCAUUCUGGAAAGCCUUUCAGAAGCCCAUUGCGUACACCUGGUAAGCACUAGGGAGACGAUUCCAGGGAUAAGACAGCAAAGUUUGUUCCAGAACCAAUGAUGGCGGGUGUGGUCUUCACAAUGAGAGAAAGAGCUGAGAUUUGGGCCUGGGCUGACACAGGAAGUGGCCCAUCUUUUCUGCCUCCCCAGGGUCCCGUCCGGUGGGGCAUAUCACUAACUGUUCUAUCUCUUUCUGUUAAGCCCUUACAACAACUUCAGCAUUGUUUCAGCACAGGGCCCAGGCAGUCACUACCAAUAGAUCAGAGCUGGCGUGUUUCUCAUCUCUGGAGUUGAGUUGAGGAAGGAAAAUGGUAAGAGCCGUCAUGGUAGAGCCAGGUCGUUCAGGAGACCUGCCAAGGCCGUCUGGGCCAUGAUGGUCAGCGUUCAUUGAUAGAAUGUUGAGGCCAGCCAUUAUUCCUGGUGCUGGAGGUGCCUGCAGUACCCCCCAGAGGCCCCUGCCCUCAAGGAGCUCACAUUCUAAUGGGGGGAAAUAGGCAAUUCUGAAAAACAAAUGCAUAAGUUAAUAGAACCCGUGUCACAUAAGUGCCAAUAGAGACAGUGAAGGCAGGAAAGUGGGAUAAUGUGACCAAGCCUCCCUGAGAAGAUGGCCUGGAGCAGAGACCGUAAAGGGGAUCUGGGAGACGCAUAGACCAGGGCUGGCACAAGGCACAGGAAGGCAGGCCAUGCCGCCUGAAGGGCUUUGUCACACCAGUGCAAGAGGGCCACGCUGCCUGCUAGGAGCUCCGUCUUGGUGUGUGAAAAGGGUAGGAGCCCAGCUAUGCUGCCUUAGCCUUUCCUGUACGGGAGAGAAUUCUGUUCCCCAAACAUUUAUGAAAGGGGCUCCCUGCAUGGAGACAUUCCCAAGAGAGAAGAAGAGUUUGCAUGUUUAGGGAUGAGAGUCAAAAUAAUUCCCAGGACAUCACAGAUGCCAUAUCUGGGUGUGUGGCUGGAUGUCCAUCAGCCCACGUUACUCCAAGCGUGCAGGGUCUAGGCUCUCUACUUGACCUUGUUUAACACCCUGGUCUGUCCACCUGCAGCCCUCAGCUCAGGGUGAUCUCCGCGCCACUUGGCUUCUCCCUGGGUCAUCUGUCCUGCUUUUCCAGUAAGGGUCCUUUCUUCUUUAGGGAAACACACACACACACACACACACACACACACACACACACACCUUAAGUGUGAGUUGCUUUCUACAUUAAGCUAACCAUACCAUUAUAGAAAAAAGAAAAAUUGGAAAAUAGAGAAAAGUAUAAAAAAAAAAUCUCCCCAAUUAACCCCCGCUGUGGCGUGUGCCCCUCCAGCCUGUUUCUUGCAUGUGUGACUUUGAUUGGGCUCGAUUUUUGCCUGGGUGUUAUUGUGCUGAAUAUACAAUUCCGUCACUUCCUUUUUUUCGCUUAGCUUUUGAGAAUGAGCAUUUUCCUGUGUUAUUACAAACCCUCGGUAAACAUCAUUUCAAUAGUUGCACAGUAUUCCAUCAAGUGACUGCACCACGGUUUAUUUAACAUCCCUCCCCCCUGUUGGGCCUGUAGAUUUUUUUUUUUUCCUGUUGGUUUCUUUCUCUAUCAUAAAUAAAACGUCCCUUGUUUUCUUGUUC